UCCAUGGAACCGGGGUUGCUGGCCCGACGGACGGCUAUGGCUCCUCUACUGGAGUAUGAACGGCAGCUGGUGCUGGAACUGCUCGACACUGACGGGCUGGUAGUGUGCGCUCGCGGGCUCGGCGCGGACAGGCUCCUCCACCAUCUCAUCCGGCUACACUGCCACCCGGCCUGCCUGGUGCUGGUGCUUAACACUCAACCAACCGAGGAGGAAUAUUUUAUCAAUCAACUGAAGAUAGAAGGAGUAGAACACCUCCCGCUCCGUGUAACAAAUGAAAUCGCAAGUAACAGUCGCUAUGAAGUUUACACCCAGGGGGGCGUUAUAUUUGCAACAAGUAGAAUACUUGUGGUUGAUUUCUUGACUGAUAGAAUACCUUCCGAUUUAAUUACUGGCAUCUUGGUGUAUAGAGCCCACAGAAUAAUUGAGUCUUGUCAAGAAGCAUUCAUCUUGCGCCUCUUUCGCCAGAAAAAUAAACGUGGCUUCAUUAAAGCUUUUACAGACAAUGCCGUUGCCUUUGAUACUGGUUUUUGCCACGUGGAGAGAGUGAUGAGAAAUCUUUUUGUGAAGAAGCUGUAUCUAUGGCCAAGGUUCCAUGUAGCAGUAAACUCAUUCUUAGAACAGCACAAACCCGAAGUUGUGGAAAUCCAUGUUUCUAUGACACCUGCCAUGCUUGCUAUACAGACUGCUAUCCUGGACAUUUUAAACGCUUGUUUAAAGGAACUAAAAUGCCAUAAUCCGUCACUUGAAGUGGAAGAUUUGUCUUUAGAAAAUGCUAUUGGAAAACCUUUUGACAAGACAAUCCGUCAUUAUCUGGAUCCUUUAUGGCAUCAACUUGGAGCCAAGACUAAAUCCUUAGUUCAGGAUUUGAAGAUAUUACGAACGUUGCUGCAGUAUCUCUCUCAGUAUGAUUGUGUCACAUUUCUUAAUCUUCUGGAAUCUCUGAGAGCAACAGAAAAGGCUUUUGGUCAGAAUUCAGGUUGGCUGUUUCUUGACUCCAGCACUUCAAUGUUUGUAAAUGCUCGAGCAAGGGUUUAUCGUGUUCCAGAUGUGAAAAUUAGUAAAAAAGUCAAAAUGUCUGAAAAAAUGGAGAUCAAAGAAGAGCAAGAAACAAAAAAGGAACUGGUCCUAGAAAGCAACCCAAAGUGGGAAACGCUAACUGAAGUAUUGAAAGAAAUUGAGGCAGAAAAUAAGGAGAGUGAAGCCCUUGGUGGUCCAGGCCAAGUACUUAUUUGUGCAAGUGAUGAUCGAACAUGUUCCCAGCUGAGAGACUAUAUCACUGUUGGAGCAGAGGCCUUCUUAUUGAGGCUCUACAGGAAAACCUUUGAGAAGGACAGCAAAGCUGAAGAAGUGUGGAGGAAAUUUAGGAAAGAGGGCAGUUCAAAGAGAAUUAUGAAAUCUAACAAAAGAGCCAAAACCUCCCAAAACAAAGAACGGGCUUCUGCCAAAGAAAAGACUCUCAAAAAGAAAAAACCAAGGCUGACUUUAACUCAAAUGAUAGAAAAAUCUGAAGAGCUGGAAAAAGAAGAAAAUGUUGAAGAAGACCACCGCAGAGAAAUAAGCAGUAGCCCAGAAAGCUGCUUUGAAGAAAUUAAGCAUGAAGAAUUUGACUUAAAUGUAUCAUCGGAUGCUGCUUAUGGAAUCCUGAAAGAACCCCUCACUAUCAUCCAUCCUCUUCUGGGUUGUAGCGACCCCUACGCUCUAACAAGGGUACUCCAUGAAGUGGAGCCAAGAUACGUGGUUCUUUAUGAUACAGAACUAACAUUUGUUCGUCAGCUUGAAAUUUAUAGGGCAAGCAGACCUGGGAAACCUCUGAGGGUUUACUUUCUUAUUUAUGGAGGUUCAACUGAGGAACAACGCUAUCUCACUGCUUUGCGGAAAGAAAAGGAAGCUUUUGAAAAACUCAUAAGGGAAAAGGCUAGCAUGGUUGUCCCUGAAGAAAGAGAAGGCAGAGAUGAAACAAACCUAGACCUAGUGAGAGGCACAGCAUCUACAAAUGUUCCCACCAACACUCGUAAAGCUGGUGGCCAGAAGCAGAAUGGUACAUCACACAGCAUAGUUGUGGAUAUGCGUGAAUUUCGAAGUGAGCUCCCAUCUCUGAUCCAUCGUCGGGGCAUAGACAUUGAACCAGUGACAUUAGAGGUUGGAGAUUACAUCCUUACUCCAGAAAUGUGUGUGGAGCGCAAGAGUAUCAGUGAUUUAAUUGGUUCCUUAAACAACGGCCGCCUCUACAGCCAGUGCAUCUCCAUGUCCCGCUAUUACAAGCAACCUGUGCUUCUGAUUGAGUUCGACCCCAGUAAGCCCUUCUCUCUCAUGUCCCGAGGUGCCUUAUAUCAGGAGAUCUCCAGCAGCGACAUCAGUUCCAAGCUCACUCUUCUCACACUUCACUUCCCCAGACUCCGGGUUCUCUGGUGCCCCUCCCCUCAUGCCACUGCAGAGCUGUUUGAGGAGCUGAAACAAAAUAAGCCACAGCCUGAUGCAGCAACAGCACUGGCCAUUACCGCAGAUUCUGAAAACCUCCCCGAGUCAGAAAAGUACAAUCCUGGUCCCCAAGACUUCCUGUUAAAAAUGCCGGGGGUAAAUGCCAAAAACUGUCACUCCUUGAUGAACCACAUUAAGAACAUUGCAGAAUUAGCGACCCUGUCACAAGACAGGCUCACAAGUAUUCUGGGGAAUGCUGCAAACGCUAAGCAGCUUUAUGACUUCAUUCACACUUCCUAUGCAGAAAUUGUAUCUAAAGGGAAAAUGAAAAAAUGAACAAUGGUGGCUGUUUACUUAUCCCAUGACUGCUUUUCAGCUGCUCUUUGCCAACCAUACUAGGUCAUUAUUAAUUAUCAGCUGAGUAUUUCAUUCUUUUCCAUUACUUUUAACGAUUGUACAGUGGACCAGAAGCCAGGUUUCCUCUCUGAACUUUGCAUUUAGGCAUCAUUUUAACUUCCCAUGCUUCCCCUGCUCUCUUCCCUCCCUGCACUGUUCAUGCCAGGUCUAGCAUAUUCCGUUUUUAAAUGAGAUGCAUUGGGAUCAGCUGACAUUUCUGCAAGUGUUUAUAGAAGGCCAUUUUUGAUACAAGCAGAAAUGUGUGUUUCCUACACAAACUGAUAAAACACAUGCCCUCUGGAACACCGAAAAGGAAUAUCUCUUUGCCAUUCCUGCCCAUUUCUCUUCACCACAUUUUCCUCAACUCCCUCCGUCUUUCACCAGUCUGCCUCUAAUGAAAAUUCAUGGGGCCUUUCUACUACUAAUUUAAGACAGCCACCUCCAAAACUGGUUGACUAGUCUUCUAAUCACCUGAAUAUAUGUAGUGUGUACUAUAACUUGAUUGUUCAAAACCGUUAUUUUUAAGACAUAAAAUGAAAUACCUAUUUGCAAAAUUUAAUGGUGUAAGUGAAGGAACUCUUAGAAUUCUCAAUUUUUACACAUACUCGGCCUACUAAAAUCAAAGAUCUCUAAUCCCAGAUGGAUAGCUAUAGAGUCUUUUGAGACUUCCUCUUCUCCCAGCUCUCUAAUAUCCUGAGAUGCCAGCGCCAUAUCCUCUAGAAGCAUAACGUAACUCAUGCUCGCUUUGAUGCUCCAUCCCUCACAUUCCCGUGCCAGGGUGCCUCCUCCCCUCUCUGUGAGGACUCAAAUACAAGCAAAUGAAUGGCCCACAGAGCUUUUAAGAUUUGGGUUUUCAUCCUUGAGAUAAAAAGGAUUGUAGGCAAAAGAAGAUCAAUGCAUAGAACAUAUAAAAACUCUAUGGAAAUAUAUAUAUAUAUUUAAACAUCCAUAAAGAAAACAAUCUAAUUCUAAACUUCCUUCUCAUUGAUUUAAAUUAGCUUUUUACUGGUGUACAUAAAGAAUAUUCAUAGCAUCUUUGUGCAGUUUUUAAACUUUUGUAUUUAAACAUUAUUAACCUAGCUAUUAUUCACAUAUUUAGUGAGUAGUGAAUUUUCUACAUCAAGAGUUGAUACAGAUAUCAGUUCUGCUAGCCAUAUCACAGUUUCAUCAAUAUCAGCUAUUUUUUAUUUGCCACACUAUUUGAACUAAUAGACAGUAGAUCAUGUAACAUAAAAUGGUCUUCAGCUUUAGCAAAAGUACUUUUAAAUGUAGCUUCCAAACUGAACCUCUAAUAUCUUGAUUUACUGUAGUCUCUUGAUUUAUUGAUACUUAACAGUAUAUAUGGACUUUGAACUCUGUACAAGGGUACUACAAGAAUGAGUUGAGGAGUGUCAAGAACCAGAUCAGUUAUCAUAAAACUCUGUAAGUUGACUUGGAGAAUAGGGAAGAGGACAAGAAAUAAAAGUUAGUUUAAGGUGAAAUAAAGAUUUGGGCUACCAAUUUUGUCCCAGGAUUAAAAAUACACACCCUAGAAUAGAAAACAAAAAUGUUGGAUGAUAACAUUGUUAACAGGCAUUUUUGCAUUUAUUGUUUUAUUAAAGAGUUCAAUCACAGUUCAGAGUACAUUAAAAAAGACAUACCACUUCA